AUAAGUUGUGUGGCUGAGAUUAUGCCACUUGUAUGAAGGUUAGAGAGUUAGUUAGUUAGGUUGUUAGAAGUAUUGAGAAGUGUAUAAAUACUAUUGAAUGUAUUUGCUUAAUUGCUAAGAAAUUAAUACACUGAAGUUUUCCAUUCUUUACUUCUCUCUCUAAAGCCUCUCCAGUUCUCUCUCUCUCACUACAUUUCUAAAGGUUAACAGAACUGGCCGAACCGGAUCGUGCGCAUCCAGUUUGACUGUUAAGAUGAAAAAAAAGAUUAAUUAAAAGGAAAACAUCAAUCAACGGUGUCAUGCCCAACACGUGGCAGGUGCGCCGUCUUUGUCAACCUGGUUUCUCAACUAUCAAUCCUUCCUUCCUUGAAAACAUUCUGCUAAUUUAGUUACUUUUUAAGCUUGUUCAUUUGUCAGUAAUGAAGAAAUAAAAAGUUGAAUAAUUCAGAAUGGAAAAAAAAAAACAAAAAAUUAAAGAAAUUGAGUUGACACCUUCCUUAGUUAAUUUGACAUUUUCAUUACGGAUUUUAGAUGGGGAAGUAGUAGUCAUGAAUGGAACCUAAAACAAACGAGGCCUUUAUUCCUUCUCCCUCUCCUCCCUCUCUCUCACUCUCUCUCUCUUUCUCUGAAGACUGCAACUCCCAGCGAGCUGACAUGGGUGGCGAUGGCAGAGUUACUGGGGAGCAAGAAGAAGACUCCUCACUCAGCGAAGAUUCCUCCCAACUCUCAUCACAACUUCUAAGUUUGAAACUUUAAAGUGGGUUCUGGUUUUUCAAUGGGGGCAGAAAUGGUGUGAGCAUGAAUAUGGAGGAUGCUGCAGUGGAUGAACAAACUGGGCCGGGUUUUCAAGAAUUUUGCGGAGUGGGAAGUCAAAUUUCUUCCGCUUCUUUGGAUUUUGAAGCCGAUCAGAGGAUGGAAAAUGUUUAUAGGAAGAUUUUGCAAAGUUAUGAUGACUUGCGGAUUCGAAGCAAAGAUUUGGAAGAAGCCAAGAGCAAAAUCUUGAGCUACACCCCCGGUGCGUGGAUUGAUAGAGUAGGUGCUGUGAAACCGAGGGACUAUGAUGUGCCAAAUACAACAACACUUUUAUUGGUUGGUCCAAAAGGAUCUGGAAAGAGCAGUCUUGUAAAUAGAAUCUCGAAGGUGUUUGAAGAUGAUAAGUUUGCUUCGGAAAGAGCCCAAGUAUCAUAUAAUUCAUCUAUUGGAGACGGAACCUUUUUCCUCCAUGAAUAUAUGAUACCAAGAUGUUCGAGUUCUUUUUGCCUUUAUGAUACUCGUAGUUUGUCUGAUAAUUCACCUGAAAACAUAAAAAUACUGAAGCAUUGGAUGGAACAUGGUGUUCGUCACGGGGAGCUUGUUGUAAGGGAUUCAGACAGUCCAAGUUUGAGGAACACAAUGAUGUACAAAGAUCGUGAUGAUGGUUAUCUGUUCAGUGAGAUCAAGAACGUUAAUUUUGUCAUAUUUGUUGUUAAUGGUCUUUCAGUUCUGAAAUCAAUGGAAAGCAAUGAAGAUGCAGAGACACAAUAUACUGAAAUGAUCGCCUCAGCUUUCAAAUCUCGAUACUUGGCAUUUAAAGAUGAUAAACCCCUUCUUGUUGUUACACAUGGUGAUUUACUUUCACUUGAUGAACGUGCUCGUGUUCGUGUCCAUUUGGGAGAACUGCUUGGUAUUCCUCCUACAACACAAAUUUUUGACAUCCCAGUAGAAAGCAGUGAUGCGGUAACUCAGUUGACAAUAGUUGACAUGAUACGCUAUUCACUUGAGCAUGCCGAGAAAAAUCUUCCUCGUAAAAGAAAGGUCGAAACUUUGUCACUGUUAUCAUGUAUGCUCCUGCUACUAUUCCUCAGCAUUGCCAUAAUGAUCAUGUACGCUCCUGUUAAUAUUCUUCAGCACGGCUACUGCCCUUCACCGCAAGCACAUGUUCACAAUAACCCAACACCCCCCUCACCGCCUUCAUCCACUUCGCUCCAAGAGCAUAUUCAGCAUGAUCCUUCGGUGGAAGAGCAUAUCGACAAUAGCCCUUUGCCGAGAGUGGAACUUCAGAAUAUCAGGAUCGAUUGGAGUAAAAUCCGACCCUUGUGGUUAGACGACGGGAUCGAAUGGAGUAAAAUCCGACACUUGUGGUAAGAUGAAUAAGUAAAUUUGUUUCAGUGUCUUAUAAUUCACUCCUACGCGGUAUAAUCGCGUUGUUCCGACAUUUUGUGUAUAUGCGCCUGUUAAAGUGCUUAUGUUUAUAUGGUUUUGUAAUCUGUAUAUGCACGUUCGAUCUGUUUCGCUUGCAGCGAACGCCCUUGUUGAUAAUGUUGUUCAUUCUCUGUAUUGUAUUAAGAUUACUCAAAGUUGUAUUUACGCGUA